AUGGCUGCCGCUGAUCCUGCUCCAGCGCUAGUGGCUCUGGACAAUGCGAUCGCGCAGAUCGACCUCCUCAUCUCCCGCCUCACCGCGUCGUCCGCCUCCUCAGCUGACGUUCCCGUUGCCGCUCAGCCGAAAGCAGCAGUAGCUGGAAGCAGUGGCGAGAAGCAGUCGUCAGAAAAAGGGAAAGCAAAAGCUGCGAAACUAGCGCAAUCAUCAGCUACUCCAGCGUCAGCGGGGGAGAGCGUAGAGAAUUUCGACAAAUGCGACAUCAGGGUGGCGCGGGUGCAGGCGGUGGAGCCCCACCCGGUGGCGGAGAAGCUUUACGUCUGCCAGGUGGAGGUUGCGCCAGGGGAGGUCCGCCAGGUGGUGGCUGGUCUAAAGAAGUUCAUCUCGCAGGAGGAGCUGCAGGGGCGGCUGGUGUGUGCCGUGUGCAACCUCAAGCCCGCCAAGCUGGCCGGGCAGCCCAGCCAAGCCAUGAUGCUCGCUGGCUCGCACCCCUCUGCCGAGGCUGAGGCCGGGGAGGUUGUCAAGCUCAUUGAUCCGCCCCAAGAUGCGGCAGUUGGUGAUCGAAUCUGCAUCCAGGGUCGGCCUGCGAGUGCAGCCCCAGUGAAGCAACUCAGCUCCAAAGUGUGGGAGAAGGUAGCAGGGCUGCUUCGAGUGCAAGGAGGAGCUGCAACGUUUGAUGGGCAGGCUCUGGUCACAGGGGCAGGCGGAGGCAUCACUGUGCAAGCGCGGUUCAGCCGGGACCGAUCCGACGAGCGGCGAAGGGGGAAUGCCGUUGGGAGAGAGGACGUAGCUCCAAGGGAGAGUCGGGCUUGGCGAGAGAAUGGGGAAACGAGUGAGAACGAGAGGCGUUUCGCUGGUGAGAGCAGGGGGGGGGGAGAGGGAGACGAUCAGAGGAGGACGACGAGGGGGGAUGGUGCUGGAGCUCGUUCUCCUAUCGGUGGUGACUAUACGCGGAGAGAGUACAGAGGGAUGGAGAGCGAUGGAGGGGAAGGUCGCUUUGGGGGCAGAGGAAAGGGUGGUUCAAGUGGGAGAGAGCGAGGGGAGAGGGACAUGGGGGGACAGGCACGUGAGGGUUCAGGGUUUGGGGAUAGAGAGGGGUUUAGCGAUGGGGAUGGUGACGAGAAGGUUCGCUAUAGGGAAGAGCGAUACGGGUAUAAGAGUGCGGAUCGAGAGGGGUAUGGGAGAGAGAGAGGAGGGAGGGGGUAUGGCAGGGGGGAGGGGGCGGUGGGGAUUGAUGAUGCAAGGAGAGGCGGAAACGAGAGGCGAGAGGUGUAUGGGGGUGAAAGGGAGCGGUUACCAAAGGGUUCAGAGCGAUACCAGGGGGCAAGCGAGCGGUACUCUGGGAAUGGCAGAGAGAGUGGGGGCCGAGGAGGUGGAGAGGGAAAGAGGGAAUAUGGGGGAAGGGGCGGGCGGGGGGUUGAGGAACGGUGGGGGGAAGCAGGGGAGAGUGGGGGUGAGCGGAGCGAGAAGUGGGGGGAUGGAGGGAGAGAAGGGGGAGACUAUGGGGAGGAAGGGAGGAGGGGUUAUGGGGAGAGAGGGGGGGGCGAUUAUGGGAGGAGAGGGAGGGGCGGUUAUGGGGGGACAGAGAGGGCGGGAUACGGAAGGGGGGACAGGGGCGGGUAUGGGGGAAGAGGCAGGGGCUCGUAUGGAGGAAGCGAGAGGGGUGGUUAUGGGGGAAGCGAGAGGGGUGGUUAUGGGGGAAGGGAGAGGAGUGAGUAUGGGGGAAGGGAGAGGAGUGAGUAUGGGGGAAGGGAGAGGAGUGAGUAUGAGGGAAGGGAGAGGAGUGAGUAUGAGGGAAGGGAGAGGAGUGAGUAUGGAGGGAGCGAGAUGGGCGGAUCAGAAGAAAGAGGGAGGGUUGAGUACAGGGGAAGAGAGACGGAUGAUAAUGGGGUGAGAGGGAGAGGGAGGGGGGAUUAUCGGGGAAGAGGGAGAGGCGAGUAUGGGAGUACAGGGAGGGGCGAGUAUGGGAGUACAGGGAGGGGCGAGUAUGUGGGGAGAGGAAGGGGUGGAUACGGGGGAAGAGGGAGGAGUGACAACGGCAGGAGAGGUGGAGAUACGCAAUCAGACUUUCACCGCCGUCCACGCCAAGAGGAAAGAGGGUGGGGGCGGGAGAGGCUUGACGGACAGCAGGAGGAGAGGAUGUCAGAUGUCAAGGCGAAUGGAGUGCAGGAGGGGCAUCUAUCAACAGAUAGGGACUCUCAAGGGGAUGGGAAAUUUCCGAAAGACGGGCAUUUGCCGACAGAGGGGGUGAUCAGACUGAUGAAUGUGGAUGUGCCGCUGCAUGCCGACCCUGGCAAGGAUGACGUGGCAGUGAGUGAGGGGCUGGUGCGGGCGGCAGCUGCGGCGCUGCACGUGCGGGCAGAGCAUCUUCCCCCGUCUGCUCUCACUGUCGUCCGCAAGUCCUUCGACGCCCGCAAGGCCCCUGUGUUCGCCUAUGCCAUUGACAUCGAUGCAGCAGCACUUGCGCGGGCCUUCACGCUCUCAGCCACGCCGCCCAGCAAGCGCAGAGACGUGGCCCUUAAAGCCCAGGUCGUGCUGCCCGAACCACCCUUCAGCCUGCUCGCUGCCCGCACCCCUGCUGCUGCUCCUGCUGCUGCUCCUGCUGCUGCUGCUUCUUCCACUGCUGAUAGUGUUGGUGCUGGUGCUGGUGCUUAUACCAGCAGCAGCACAGGUGCUCCCACAGGAGCAGUGGGGGCGAGAGACAAGCCACCGAGAGAGCGAACGCGCAACGUGGUGGUGGGGAUGGGUCCAGCGGGGUUGCUGGCGGCGCUGGUACUCGCAGAGGCGGGCGAGCAGGUGAUAGUGGUGGAGCGAGGUCAGCCCGUGGAGGAGCGAGGGCGGGACAUCGGCGCUCUAGCCGUGCGCCAUGUGCUCAACCCAGACAGUAAUUUCUGCUAUGGGGAGGGUGGGGCGGGGACGUGGAGUGACGGCAAGCUGACGACUAGGAUCGGGAAGAAUAGUCAAGAUGUGAGGGAGGUGCUGAAUGUGCUGGUGAGGAUGGGUGCUCCUGAACGUAUUCUUGUGGACGGGCGCCCGCACCUGGGGACGGACAGGCUCGUGCGCAUCCUGCAGCAGUUCCGAACCUACUUGCUAGGUUUGGGCGUGGAGAUAAGGUUCGGCACGGUGGUGGAGGAUUUGGAGGUUCGGAACGGGCGGGUGGCUGGGGUGCACGUGAGGCCGGCUGGGAGUGCGGUGGGAAGCGGUGCAGAGGGGCAGAGUGUGAUUGCAGCGGAUAAGGUGCUGCUGGGGGUGGGGCACUCAGCAAGGGCAGUGUUUGACAUGCUGCUGUCUCACAACGUGCUGCUCACCCUCAAGGACUUUGCUGUGGGCUUUCGUAUUGAGCACCCCCAGCGCGAGAUUAACGCCAUCCGGUACCGGCGGUGGCAGGGCAGCAUGGACGUGCAGGCAGCAGUGGCGCGCGGCAAAGGGCCCAUCCCUGUGGCUGACUACUCCCUCGCCGGCCAGUUCUCCCUUACCGGCAGUACCGCUGACAGCACUGCCAGCACCGGCAGCAGCAGCUCCACUGACAGUGGCAGCGGCAGCAGUGGGCAGCAGGAGCGCAGCUGCUACUCGUUCUGCAUGUGUCCGGGAGGGCAGGUGGUGUGCACGAGUGUGACAGCAGACGAGCUGUGCCUCAACGGCAUGUCCUUCUCCAACCGCUCCUCGCUCUGGGCCAACGCUGCUCUCGUGUCAUCUGUCUCGGCGUCUGCUGGCGAUUUCGAUGACUUCAGCAGGGAGCACGGCGCGCUAGCAGGAAUGGAGUACCAGGUAUGUUGGAGGCUGGCAAGGAGGGAGGGCAGGUGGCUAGAGAAGGAGGGAGGGCAGGUGGUGUGCACGAGUGUGACAGCAGACGAGCUGUGCCUCAACGGCAUGUCCUUCUCCAAUCGCUCCUCGCUCUGGGCCAACGCUGCUCUCGUGUCAUCAGUGUCUGCUGCUGCUGGCGAUUUCGAUGACUUCACCCGGGAGCACGGCGCACUGGCAGGCAUGGAGUAUCAGAGGGCAAUAGAGCGCCAGGCAGCUGUGAUGGGAGGUGGGGACUUCGUGGCACCAGUGCAGCGCGCCACUGACUUCCUCAAUGGCACACUCUCUCCUGCGUCCGCCCUGCCAUCAUCCAGCUACCGCCUGGGAGUGGCAUCGGCCCGCCUGGACCAGCUCUACUCGCCCUCCAUCACGCUCGCCAUCCGCCUCGCUUUAGAGAACUUCGAUAAGAAGAUGCCUGGCUUCAUCUCCCCACACGCCCUGCUCCAUGCUGCCGAGACGCGCACGAGUUGCCCAGUGCGUGUGGAGCGAGGGGCAGAGAGCUACGAGAGUGUGUCGCUGCCAGGGCUGUACCCGAUAGGUGAAGGGGCGGGGUACGCAGGGGGCAUCGUGAGUGCGGCUGUGGAUGGCAUGCUGGCUGCUAGAGCCAUCCUGCGCACUGCUGCUGCUGCUUCUGAACUGACUGAGAAUUAA